AUGGAAAGCCACUAUGGAGGCCUCGGCCCUAUGCUCAACAUCGUACUCUGGGUCCAAGUCGUCGUCUUUGCAGUCUUUGUCGGAUUGAGACUGUACACCCGAUCGCAGAUUCUGCAUUCUGUUGGCGCCGACGAUUACCUCGUCCUCAUUGCACUGGUCUUCCAAAUAAUCUACUCCGCCUUCGUCACUGCUGGAACAAAAUAUGGUAUCGGCCGCAAAUUCGAUGACAUUGCUGACCCGGACGCAUACUUUAAAGCCGUCGAGCUAGAGGUUUACAGCCAAGUAGCAGGAAUAAUGGUGAUAGGCCUGGGCAAAUGUGCCGUUGGAAUAUUCCUCCUCCGAAUUGUACGGAAUAAGUUCCAGAAAGGCUUCAUAUGGGCUUUUCUCGCUGGGACGGGAUUCAUCACGCUGUUUGCCAGUGUGGUUGUGGUCGUGCAGUGUGAUCCUGUGGCGAGUACCUGGGAUAAGAGGAUUCCUGGGAAAUGCUGGAUUGACUUUUCAAAAGUUGGAUUGACUGUUGGAUCCUGGUUUGUUGUCGCUGAUUUCUGCUUUGCAAUUCUCCCGUGGUUUGUGAUCUGGGAGCUCAACAUGAAGCGAAAAGAAAAGAUCACCGUCGCAUGUGGUCUCAGCCUUGGAAUUUUUGCUGGAGUAUGUGGGAUUGUACGCACCGUUGCGCUUGAUGGAUUAAAUGCUAGCGAGUAUAUCUACGACACGGUCGACAUGCUCCUCUGGUCAGCCACGGAAAGUACCGUAACAAUCAUGUGCUCAUCCAUCCCCGUCCUCCGUCCACUAUACGUCCGCUUCAGAUAUGGAAGCCAAGGCGAAAACUCCCGCGACAACUCAUACAAGCUCCCCAUGUACGGCAACCACAGCGGCCGGAAAUACGGAAAUGGUAAUCGCAAGCGUUCCAACGUCAGUUCGACCGCGGAGUCAGCGACACCGUCUUUACAACGGAACAAGCGUGCCAAAUACGCGUCCGUAGCUUGCAAUGAGUGUAAGAAGAGGAAGCUCAAGUGUGUGAGAGAUGAGGGCGAUGAAAAGUGCAAGAGAUGUGCUGCUAAUAAUGCAGAAUGCUUUUUCGCUAUCGCUCCACCAAGGGAGAAUAAUGAGCAUUCUGUGAGGCACUUUACUCAAGGGCCACAACCGGUCACAUCGUCACCCGCACGAAAUACCCUUCGUGAAAGUCAACCUCAAACAGACGUCACAUCCUUAACACAGCAAAUAAAUGCACUGCAGAACCAAGUCAACGCACUAUCAACAGCCCUGCAGGAUGUCACUCAACGACUCCCACAUAUCAACGCCUCAACAGCGAAGUCUACACCUCAAGGCCACACAUCAACCUACAGAGCGGACCCUCGGAACGCAACAAACGAACCGAGAGAGCCUCAAUUUGUCGGUCCGACUAGAUCAGCUUUUAGCUUCCAGAUCGCUGAGAACUCGCUUAGUGGAAUGGGCAUUGGGGAGCGUCAUGCGACGGCGACUACCACACCUGCAAUGUCCCCAGCUGCAGAUGGUCCUCUCGCCGAAACUCCAUGUGCUUCGCCGGGUUUGGAGGAUACAGAUGUCCUGAUGACUUUGGGUGCUGCAGAAAUCCAACGAUUGCUGGAGGUCUUCAACGAGGAAGUCCAGUCUAUCUAUCCAUUUGUUGAUGUCGCUCAGUUGUCUGAGAGAGUGGUCUCAGUUAUAGAAAGUCCGGCAGAAAACACACUCAAAGACGUGCAAGCCAUUAAACUGGCUGUCGCUACAGCAGCUGUGGUUGAAGCACAAGGUCCGACUAAUAUUAGCAAGAGACUCCUCGACGAUGUUGAGCCUGUGAUAUGUCGCAUUUCAGGCGAAGCGUUCAUCGACCUCCAGGAACUGCAACUGAUGAUCAUGCUGAGCAUCUAUUGGUUUCAGUGCGGAGAGGACUUGCUAGCCUGGAGAGCCAUUGGCAAUGCAGGCAGAGAAGCCCUCGAGGUUGGCCUACAUCGUCGGACUUCCCUAUUUGAGAACUUCAAGGAUCAUAAAGAGCGAGAUUUGGCUAUCAGAUGUUUCUGGUGUGUUUACAUUCUUGACAGGAGAUGGAGUUACGGAACGAGUCUGCCAUUUGGUAUUUCUGAUCGGGAUAUCGAUCCCCAAUUACCCGAACCAGGCGAUGAACACCAUUAUCUUCGCUGCAUGGUCCGCUAUGCCAAAUUAUGCUCCAAAGUCUGGGACGAGCUGCCGCUAGAUUCAUCUCCUCUAUCAAUACCAAAAGACAAGGUUGAUUUCUUUGACUUCUUGACUCAGAAGUGGAUUCAUUCUAUCCCAGAAGAUCUGCAACUCAUCUAUCCACGACUCUCCCAGGCCCCUCGUCACCAGCCUCGAGUGCUACAGCGCAUAAGAACCCUUUUGUAUCUACGAGGAAAUUACAUACGGAAUUUGGUUCUACGGCAUCACGUCAUGAGCAUCGAGAACCUACGAGCCGAUAUGCAAGGCGCCCAGUUGGUCGUCGGCAUUGCUCAAGACACAAUUCAGGUGCUGGUCCACUUGAACGAGACCAGUGAUAUAUACGUCCGACAGGUCCACACGUUUAACUAUUUCCUCACUGGUGCUUUGGCGUCUAUUCUGUUGGCGGUGUGUCAUGCUCCGGAUGUGUUUGCCGAUCGCUGCAGACAGAGCUUUCAGGAUGCUGUGCGCCUUCUCAAAAACAACUCUCAGCGGGGACACUUGAGUCGACGUCUAUGGCGGUCUAUUCGUGGAACGGUAAACCGUGCUUUAUCGCUGGAGUCGCCUGUCGCAACCAAUGAGGGUAUAGCAAAUGGCGCGCCCCAGGACGAUGGCAGUACGGUUUCAAGACAGGCGGUCGUUGCCAGUGAUGAUCACACGAGUUGGUCGAGAAACGACAUGGGUAACAGUCUUCAUAUGAAUGACCCAGUUGCCGAAAUGUUUGGUUUGGAAACGGACCUUCUCAACCUGUUCAGUGCCUUUGAGCAAGACAACAUGAUGAGAGUGGGACAAGUUAACGGGUUGCUUGAUGAGCAACAGGAUGGUCAAUACGGGGUUGUUACACAGGAUGAUGUAAACCGGUUUAAUGGGAUCUUUUAA